AUAUAGUGAAUGCAGGGUCCGGGGAGACCGGAUAUAGUGAAUGCAGGGCCCGGGGAGACCGGAUAUAGUGAAUGCAUGGUCCGGGGAGACCAGAUAUAGUGAAUGCAGGGUCCGGGGAGACCAGUUAUAGUGAAUGCAGGGUCCGGGGAGACCAGAUAUGGUGAAUGCAGGGUUUAGUAACACUUUAAAUUGCUCUCAGCCUCCUCCAAAUCCCUUUUUUUUGCUGCUGUCAUCUGCCUUCCUGUUAGAUGGUGGCUACGUUCGUUCUCCACGGUCCCACUGUAUGUAGCGACAUAGCCACCCUUUCUUGUUUACUG